UUUUAUCUUAUUGUUAGCAUAUCUUUGGUCAUAUUUAAUGCAAAGCAAGUUACCUCCGGUAGUAUAUGACCCGAUAAAUACGUUCCCCAAUAACGUCAACAAUAUUUCAACGAGUAAAUAUCAGUUAUUUUAAGAUGUGAGUAAUAAAUAACGUAAAGAAAUGACGGCACAGCAAUAGUCUAGUUUUUAAUAAUAUUAAAAAAAGUUGUAUUGGCAGUAUUAGUUUAAGAUGGAUACGAUCGACCUGCUUGAGAAGCGAAUCGCCCAGUUGGAAUUAAGUAUUUUACCAAAAGACAUUGAAGAAGAUGUGAGAAAGAAGCAUUUGGUCACUGAUUUGCUUAUACAGACGCAUACGAUGAUAGCAACCGCAUUAAGUUGUCGUGAAGUGGUCACUUCUAUAUUGCAACGGAUGCCUGAAAUAAAUGAUUAUCUUGACCCACACUACAGUGAAAAUCUACUCGAUACCGAACAGAAGAAGCAGUACAUUCUUGAAUUAUAUCCAGAAUUAAAGAAAACUGCUGAACUUGUCGUUCAGUUUCAAAAAGUAAACCCUUUUGCAGAGUUGGUUGACAUUGAUAAGCUAGAAGACAGGCUGGAGCUUGCAACCAUUUCAAAUGCAGAUAUUUACAAGGAGUCUCAGGAAGUAACCCACAAUAUUUUGAAAUCUAUGCAGCAGUACAAUGAUAUUAUAUCGACAAUUAAAGUUUUGUUUAUGCAGCUGGAAUGCUCUGUUAGUGAAAUAGAAAAAUCAUUACAGUCCAAACCAGUUUACGAUUGAAGUUUUUUAUUGGUGGUUAUAAUUAUUCUGAUUUAAUGUAAACUACUUAUGAUACAGAACAAUUCCGUUUAUAAUAUUUUCCUACAUGUAGUCUACUUAUUUAUUUCUUUUCUCUUUUGUUAAAUGUAUUUUAUAUUAAUAUAUUAAGUGAAGUUUA